UACGGCGCGUCUUCCAGGACUUACCCAGAAGGCAGCGCUUCGCUCUCGGGUCAAGAUGGCGAGCAGACCUACGGUUGCAGCAUCAGGCCGGUGGCUAGAACGAAUUCGAAAAUGGUAUUACAAUGCUGCAGGUUUCAAUAAACUGGGGUUAAUGAGAGAUGAUACAAUACACGAGAAUGAAGAUGUAAAAGAAGCCAUAAGAAGGCUUCCUGAGAACGUUUAUAAUGACAGGGUGUUUCGCAUUAAGAGAGCACUGGACCUCACCAUGAGACAACAGAUCUUGCCUAAGGAGCAGUGGACAAAAUAUGAGGAGGAUAAGUUCUACCUUGAGCCAUAUCUGAAAGAGGUUAUUCGGGAAAGAAAAGAGAGAGAAGAAUGGGCAAAGAAGUAAUCAUGUAGUUAAAAUCUGUGGAUACAGCUGUCCUCAAAGUAUUUUUAUGAAGUUGGUUAACCCUGAAACAUACAUAAAGAUGUAUUACUUUAAAUAAA